AUGAGUGAUUUGUAUCAAUACUUCAGGUAUUAUAUAUGUGAAAGUUUAUUCUACAUUAAUAUCUCAUUUAUACUGGGAAUUGCAUUCUUAUGGUGGCUAAUUUCUCAAGUUAUAAUAGGAUAUAUAUAUAUACUGUUUAUUUGUCUAUUGUCUAAAGUAUUACCAUUUACUUGGUUAAAAUAUUUCGUUAAAAAGGUUACCGGAAUUUGUCUAAGGACUGUACAAAUUCCAGAGAAAGAUUUGACAGGGAAAGUCUGCAUAGUUACCGGAGGAGCUAGUGGUAUAGGCAAAGAAAUAUCCACAGUCCUUGUAGCUUAUGGAGCAAGUGUCAUUAUAGCAGAUAAUAAUAAAGAGCAGGGAGUAAUUACAGCAUUUUCCAUUAAUACGCUAAGGGGGAAUACCUAUGGAUAUGCAAAAUAUAUGUAUAUAGAUUUGGCUAACGCUGAUACAAUUAAAUCAUUUGUGAAGAGAUUUAUUUACGAUUAUGAUCGUCUAGAUAUUCUAAUCAAUAAUGCUGGAAUUGGUUUAAAUAAUCAAAUUUCUUCAGAUUUAUCUUUAAGUUAUGUUUUUCAGACUAACUACAUUGGAACUUUUCUACUUACUGAGUCUCUGAUUCCUUUGUUAAAUGCAACAUUAGGAUCUCGAGUUGUUAAUACAUGUUCUCCUAUUCAUAGAAUACUUGGUUCUAAUUUAAAGAAGAUAAUAAAAUAUGCAGAAAUACCUAGUAUACAGUCUUAUGGUGCUUCUAAAGCAGCUAUACUUUUAUACUCACUCAAGCUUCGACGGACUGCCUUAGGUCUUUCUCAGUUACCCUCAACUCCAUCAAGUGAAAGGAAAGUACAGUUAAAUACUUACCAUACAUGGUGCACAUGUGUUAAUCCUGGUUCAGUUAUAACGAAUAUAUUUCCAAAUAAAUUCCCCUUUAAUAUACUAAAACUGUUUAGCUUCGCCUUUUUGAAUAUCAAAAAAGGUGCUCAAACAACUAUUUAUGCUGCAUUAUGUUCAGAAGAAAAGGCUACUUUGUAUCUAAGUCCAUACUGGUUACCAGGUAAGGGAUCUUGGAUAUUAGACCAGUAUGCUGACUUUCUCAGUGUAUACAUUGGUCCCUAUCCAGCAAUACCAUCUUUGGAUGACAAAGCUUCAGUAGCAGCAGAGUACUUGUAUGAUUGGACACAAGCUAAAAUAAAUAAACUUAAUAUGCAAGAUAGAACUAUGUAG